UUGACAAUUUCAUUAGAUUUUUUAUGGGGUAUUUAUUGACAUUUUCUCGUGUGUAUCGAAAGUAUUUUCUUUCUGAGUUUUCUCUGAAUUUUUGUGCAUAAAUCGCCUAAAAUUACGUGAAAAAUGCCAUCAGUUGAGGUGGAAGGUGCUCCUGCAGCUGCGGAGGCACCAAAAGAGGAAAACAAAACUCUUUCUGGGCCCGUAAUUGGAAUAAUCUACCCUCCACCGGAGGUUAGAAAUAUUGUCGACAAAACUGCAAGUUUCGUUGCAAGAAAUGGUCCAGAAUUUGAGGCUAGGAUCCGGCAAAAUGAGAUUGGAAACCCCAAAUUCAACUUCCUGAAUGCAGGGGAUCCAUAUCAUGCUUACUAUCAGCACAAGGUUGUUGAAUUUCGCGAUGGGAAAGCUACUGACCCAACUGUUCACCUUCCGGCGGGUAUUCAGAAGCUCUCCAUGAGCUCAUCUGCUCAUCAGAAGCAACAAGAACUUCUAAAACAAGUAGCUGAACAGCAAUUCGUACCCAAGGAUCCCCCGCCAGAAUAUGAAUUUAUUGCUGAUCCUCCUUCAAUAUCAGCCCUGGAUUUGGACAUUGUAAAACUCACGGCGCAAUUUGUGGCCAGAAAUGGACGGCAAUUCCUUACGAAUCUCAUGAAUCGCGAGCAGAGGAAUUACCAAUUUGACUUCCUUCGUCCACAGCAUUCUCUAUUUCAGUACUUUACGAAACUCCUGGAGCAGUACACAAAGAUCCUCAUUCCCCCCAAGGAUCUCAUGAAUAAACUCAAAGCUGAAGCUGCUCCGGGAAAAAGUAGCUUGAAUCUUGUUCUUGAUAGUGCAAAGUAUCGUGCUAAUUGGAUUAAAUAUCAGGAAGCUCAGCGAAAGCGUGAGGAGGAAAAAGUUGAACGCGAGAGGGUGGCGUAUGCGCAGAUUGAUUGGCAUGAUUUUGUCGUUGUGGAGAUAGUAGACUAUCAGCCGUACGAAACAGGCAACUUCCCUCCGCCAACAACACCCGACGAGGUUGGUGCUCGUGUCCUGAUGGAGGAGCGUAUAAACGAUGAUGAUGACAUUGAGAUGCAGAUUGAAUCAGAUGAGGAAUCUAAUGUUCAAACUUCCGGAAUCAAACUAUCCACUAUGGAGGAUCGUACGAGUAUUAAGUACACCAAUACGAAGGAUAAUAAUCAAGUUCAGGAUAUGGAUGAAGCAUCGAGUGAUGAGGAAGAUCGUGGAACUUCCAAGGGACAACCUUCUGUCGCUGCUCCGCUUCCACCAACGCACGAUAAGGUGGUGGUGAAGAAGUACGAUCCAAAGCAAGCACAUGUGGUGCAGAAGCCCAAUCCAACUGCUGAUGACUUCCUCAUUUCACCAAUCACCGGAGAAAAGAUUCCGGCUUCCAAAGUGGCGGAACACAUGCGAAUUGGUCUCCUUGAUCCUCGAUGGGUGGAGCAGAGGGAUAAACAUACAGUGGAGAAAUUGACGCAGGAUAAUGUUUUCGCAGCUGGAACAGCCAUUGAAGCAAGUCUCAAGCAACUGGCUGAGCGUCGUACAGAUAUCUUCGGUAUAGGCGAUGAAGAGACGAUGAUUGGAAAGAAAUUGGGUGAGGAAGAGACGAAGAAGGAUGAGAGGGUCACAUGGGAUGGGCAUACGUCGAGUGUGGAAGCAGCCACAAGAGCUGCUCGAGCUAAUAUCACGCUUGAGGAUCAAAUUCAUCAGAUUCACAAAGUCAAGGGUUUGCUACCGGAUGAAGAGAAGGAAAAAAUUGGCCCAAAACCCGUAACUUCUGCCACUAGUGCUCCUCCCAAGGUCUCUAUGGUGCCAUCUUCGCAACCUGUGGCUACACAGCCCACAAUUAUUGUUCCGCCAAAGCCACCAUCCGUGAUGGCUCAUCAAGCACCACCAAUGCCGCAUCCUCAUCCCAAUCCAGUACCCGUCAUGAUGAUGCCCAUGCGUCCUCCACCGAUGAUGCCAUCCCCCUUCCAAGUUGGCUUCUUGCCGCAAAUGCCACCACAGGGUGCUCCAAUGCCUGGACCACCGCUAAUUGAACCAUCCCAGCAGCCACCACCACUACAGGCACCAGAGCCACCAGAAGAGCCACCCAGCAAGAAGUCCCGCACUGAGGAUCAUCUUGUUCCGGAAGCGCAAUUCCUUACACGCCACCAAGGUCCUAUUACCAUUCAAGUUCAGGUGCCCAGCAUGACGGAGAAACCCGAAUGGCGUCUCAAUGGGCAGACCGUGUCCAUCACACUGGCACUCACGGACACCAUUGCUACAAUGAAGGGAAAGCUGCAGGACGAAACGGGAAUGCCUCCGGCAAAACAGAAGAUAUCCUACGAGGGAAUGUUCUUCAAGGACUCCAACACGCUGGCGUACUACAACCUCCUCAGUGGGGCCACAGUGCAUUUGGCUCUCAAGGAGCGUGGUGGACGAAAGAAGUAAAAUAUUUCUUAAAACAUUUUUAAUCAUAAUAAAAUCGUAAUUUUUGCUGAAAAUAAUAAAGGGAUAAUCACCUA